AUGGGGGAUGAAGGUGUCACCAGUGGGGUGGACUUCAGCUGGACAUGUGAUCUGGUGGCACUGAAGAGGGUGACUUCCAAAGGAGGAGCAUCUCAGUGCAAGGAGAGGCACGUGAUUCUGCUGAGCCCUGUGGGAGAGCUGGAGAUCUCUGGGUGUGAAAUGGGCUUACAUGAAAUAAAACUCCCAAAAAUGAGUGUGCUGCCAAGUGGGGCAGAGUCCUCGGCCACUUGCCAGGUGCGCGGAGGGGCGGAGGAGCUGCCGGAGCCGCUGCAGCAGAGCACGGCCUGGCUGCACGCCUACUUCUGUGAGCCAGCCAGGACCCCCAGCCUGCCCCUGCCCGCCUUCCACCACCCACUGCUCCUGCAAGAUUCCUUCACCAAGCAAGUGUUGUGGACCCUGUUGAGAGACGUGAAGUUUGGAGAGGCUGUUUCCUACAAGCAAUUAGCUGACCUGGCAGGCAAUGGCAGAGCAGCCAGAGCAGUGGGAGGAGCCAUGAGGAGCAACCCUAUCCCAAUCAUCAUCCCCUGCCACAGGGUGAUCCGCAGCAGCGGGCAGACGGGCAACUACGGAGGAGGAAACCUGAUGAAAGAGUGGCUGUUGUCACACGAGAGGCUGCAGAAGGAGAAGUGGGCAAAUUGA